UUUUUUUUUCCUAUCUUUAUAUCUGCCGCCACCAGCACAUGAAGAGGAGUAAACAAACACCUGACACACCUGACUUACCUCUCAUAGGACCUUUUGAUGUUCCUUAUAUAGUACAGGAGAAAGAAGACACACACAUGUAAACUACACAAUAAAAGAGGAAGAUCGUGAUUGUGUACUUAAUGAUAACGAAAGUAACUGAAGUAAAUCCUCACGUUUAUAUCUGAUGAACUUCCAUCGACUGUCAGACAUUGGUUAAGGGACACAGAUUUAGGUGUUUUUUUAUGACCAAAGCAGAAUGAAGACAGUGUGUGUGACCCAAGAUGUUCCCGCUAAUGCCUUGGCUCUCAGUCCCGACAACCUCCAAGUUGUCAUUGCUGGCCGUCAUGUGUUCAAAAUCUUUUCCAUUGAAGAGGAAGACCUCGUAGAAAAAGCGAACCUUCGCGCUGGUAAACAUCUAAACCUAAACUUCUCCUGCAAUGAUGUGGUUUGGAAUCCUGUGGAAGACAGUGUUCUUGCUACAGCAUCCACAAAUGGGGCUGUUGUCACCUGGAACUUGAACAAACCGUCUCGGUCAAAGAUGGAUUGUGUGUUCAACGACCACAGCCGGACUGUUCACAAGGUCAGUUUUCAUCCGUGUGAAUCGCAUCUGUUGAUAUCCGGCUCACAUGAUGGGUUCAUGAAGUUGUUUGACCUACGGAGAAGAGAGGCUACUCAGACUUUUACCAGCAAUGCUGAGAGUGUCAGAGACGUACAGUUCAACCCGCACCAUAGCAUGAACUUCUGUGCAGUUUCUGAGAAUGGGAAUGUGCAGUUGUGGGACAUGAGGAGACCUGACCGAGUAGAGAAGCAGUUCACUGCCCAUGGGGGCCCUAUUUUUGCCCUGGACUGGCAUCCUGAAGUUAAAACUUGGAUUGCUACUGCUGGCAGGGAUAAAACCAUAAAAGUUUGGGAUUUAAAUGAAAUUCCUACUGUAUGCAACACCAUUCAAACAAUUGCUUCAGUUGGCAGAGUCAAGUGGAGGCCCAACACCAAGUACCACAUUGCUAGCUCUGCCUUGCUGUGGGACUGUAGCAUUAAUGUUUGGGACAUAAGGCGGCCUUAUAUACCUCUGGCAGCUUUUAACGAGCACAAAAAUCUAACUACUAGCAUUUGCUGGCGAGGUGACCCAAACAGUUUACUGUCUGUUGGAAAGGAUUGUACCUUGAUUCAUCAUUCCUUUCAAGAUGCAGCAAGGCCUAUGGAAGAUGUCAAUCCUGCUGCCUUAGACAUUAGUAUUUACGGCAACAUCUCCAAUGCUUCCCGGAUAAAAGAGGACUCUGAGCCCACUGGAUCUCUGACAAAGUUGUCAGUGUUUAGGAAGCCAGCAAAUUUUGGUGAGCACAUUGGGCAGGUGCUGUCAUCCAUUCAGAUGAGGAAUUGUGAAGAAGAUGGUCCAGUCUCUACCCACCACCUUGUUGAGUCUGCCAAGCAGUACCUCCUCACUGGACGUUCCCUUGGGGAGAUAUGUGAACAUAAUGCUGGAGUAGCUAAAAAGCUGAAUAGACAUCAGAUUGCACUGACAUGGCAGAUACUACAAAUGCUGUAUGUAGGUGUUGGUGGUGGUAGUGACCACUUGUCAGGUCACCAGGGCUCCUCCAGAGAUGAUCCAACUGUACAGCCAGACACCAGUUUGGAGAAUGAACAGAGAUCGUCACGUCACUUCUCUGGGGGUGAUGCUGGUGGAGACACAUCUGGAGGAGGCUUCAGUGCAGAGGAAGGAGACACAGAGACAGAUGAUACCGACAACCAUGAUCUGAAGCUGACAAAUAUUGCCAGUGGCAUGACAAUCAACCAGGACUUUUUCUUUGGAGACGGAGAAAUCACCCAAAUACCUUUUGAUUACGAGAAUCUUAGUAACAUGGACACUAGUCAAGAUUGGGCUCUGCCCAAUGAAGCUUUUGAGCCACGCCAUGACAUCUUGCAAAGAUCGGCCAUUCCACCUCAGGAAUUCUCCUCAAAAUGUUCGCCCAGAGAGAUUCAGGAAGCUGGUGUUGCUUCAGGAUAUGUGGUAGAGACUCCCUCCCUCCUUAGUGAGAUGCGAGGGACAGGGGCUCCAGCCUGGAAGUGUUCCGACUUGGUAGUGGAAAUGCUCUAUUAUUAUGCAACUCACGGUGACGUCCAGAUGUCAGUCACCUGUUUCAUUGUUCUCCGUGAUAGACUGAAGGAGCUCCUGGAUGCAGACCAGGUUGAACAUUGGUUUAUAUCAUAUAUUGACAUCUUGCAGCACUUGCAUAUGGAAUGUUACAAUCAAGUCAUACAUUUGCAGAAGGCCUUCCCUUCUGUGCGACAACAAAACCAGCAAUCUACAUCAGUGACAUUGCACUGUGGUCGUUGCAACUUCUUUCCUUUGGCUGAACAGUCUUCUGUAGAAAGUGUGGAUGUAAAAGGCCGCCGCAACAUGUGCUCUGUGUCACGUGCGGGAUGGUACGCCGGGUCUGUACGUAUGGUGUCAAGGUUGCUCCCAUGGUGGCCAUCUCCACCGCCAUCAUGCAGUGAUGGCCAACAACAAGGUCCAGCUGGGUGUGGUCAUUUAUGUGAAUAUACCUAA